AUGAAUAAAGAAGAAGCUGAUAAAGCUUUUGAAGUUUUUUCUGAAGACCUUUUUUUUGUUUCAGGAAUGAAAAUUUCUAAAGAAAUUAUACAUUCUCUGACACCUGUUACUGGUUUAAAAUUUGAAUUUUUUAACGGUUCUACUACUUAUUCCUCCAAUGAUUCUAUCACUUAUUCUUCUAAUAGUUCUAUCACUUAUUCCUUUAAUGCUCAAGCUGAAGCUGAAAUAUCUAUUAACACUAAUUCUCCAGCUCAGAUUGAGUUUAUUAACACUGAUCCUUCAGUUUAG